GGAACAUAGCAAACAUGGAUGACAUCCAGACACCUCCCGACGACGCGACAGUCCAAACUCCUGUCAUGCCAGAAGGCAAUGCGGACCCUGGCGACCCUCUGGGGCCUGACGUAGAGGAGGAGAACAACCCCGAUGCACCUGAGGUUUUCCCGCAAGAAGACGUUGAACUUACUGGAGAGAAUGAAGUCGACAAGGAUGGCGAAGAUUCUGACAACGAGUCCGUUCUUUCUGAUGUAGACGAGGCACAGUUUGAAGACUUCAACCCUGCAGACAUUGCUAUCGAGGAUCAACCGGUGGCUCUUGAUGACGACCUUCUUGGUCAGAUCAAGGUCAGUAAAAGGAAGAGAGGUGAAGAUGGCGAAGGUGGAGUACAAAAGAAGAAGAAGGAGGGCAGGCGAGAGAAGCCCAAGAAUAGGAAGAAAAGAGAUGAGGACCACUUCAGUGGCGGUGAGGAGCUUGAAGGGAAGAGGUCCAGGAAAAAGGACAGGGUUCGGGCUGCUACACCAGUGGAGGAUGAUACAAAUCUCACGCCAGAGGAGCGACGCCGGAGAGCUUUGGACAGAGCCAUGGACGAAGCGCAGAGGAAACCGAAGGUACGCAGGAAGAAGGACGGCAUCGACCUUGAAGCUAUGGCAGAUGCCGAGAUCGAAGAUAUGCGCAAGAGAAUGACCGAUGCUGCCGCCAAUGAUGCAGAGGACCGCAAACAUGGUAGACCUGCAAUGCGGAAGUUGAAGCUACUUCCGGAGGUGGUGUCUCUCCUUAACAAAAAUACUUUGCAGAACUCUCUCGUUGACCCGGACCUCAAUUUGCUCCAAGCUGUUUGCUUCUUCCUAGAACCCCUACACGACGGCAGUCUCCCUGCGUAUAACAUUCAACGCGAGCUCUUUGAUGCUCUUGGCAAGCUUCCAAUCACAAAGGAUGCUUUGACUGCUUCUGGAAUCGGUAAAGUGGUCUACUUCUACACUAAGACCAAGCGUGCCGAACCUGGUAUUAAAAGACACGCGGAGAAGCUUGUAGCCGAUUGGACAAGACCUAUCUUGAGACGCAACGAUGAUUAUCGCAAGAAGGAUGUUGCUCAGGCAGAUUAUGACCCAACGCGCCUACCUAUUCGGAACUCACAAUCAAACUCUCAAGCCGCGAUUGCUGCUGCAGCUAGAGCUAGAGCUCUCGCCGCACCUGCUCGCUCGAACCGUGCCAGGGUAGAGACAGAGCAUAUGAGCUAUACCAUUGCACCUAGGUCUAAUGUCGUCGGUUCAGAUGUGAAACAAAGUCGCAACCCCUUCACGCUGAAAUUGAACCGAGGAAAAGGUGUCAAAAGAUAG